GAUAGAACAGCAUGACUCAGAGAAGAAGAAGGCCGCUGAAGCACUGGCCGAGGCCCGAAGGCAGCUCAAGGAGGUCGAGGACGCUCGCAAAGCUGAGCAAGAGGCUUUCAAAGACAUCCUCGAGGGCUCCAAGACGGUGGCCAGGGCCGAAGGUAAAGCAGAGGCAGAGAAGGCUGCGGCAGAUGCUGCCAAGAAAGCCGCGGAGGAUGCCGAGGAGGCCCGGAUCAAAGCUGUCGCUGAAGCCCGGGAGGAGGCUGUUGCUACUUUUGCCGAGGAGGGAUGGAAAGCCGAAGGUCGGCAAAAAUGGGUGGCUUCGGUGGUGGAAGCUUCGGUGGACGAAUGGGUGAAAGGCCCAGGCGCCAUGUGGUUGGCCCGAAAGGGGAAGGAAUAUUACGACGGGAGUGAGUACUUUACUCAGGCCCUCGUAUAUCGAAGGCUGUCCCGGAAUUUUGGGGUGGACCCGAAGGCCUUUGAUCCGACAUCCUAUGGCCUUCCUCCCCUUCAGCCAGACCCCAGGGUUCCCCUCCCUGAAGGUGUUGCGAGGCCUGACUUGGAAGACUCCCAGCUGAUGGCCGAGGGCAGUGACGAAGAGGAGGAGAUUGGUGAUGAUGCCGUGUCCAAGCCUGCAGUAGAGGACGCCUCCGGGAAUGCCGUCGAAAUUGUUGAGUAAUUUUGUACUUAGGAAUGUGUGAACAUAUUUUGUAAUGAACAACAUUUAUCCUUCGACUUCGGCCUGUUUGUAAUUUUACACUCACUCCUGUUUUUGAUGAAUGCAUG